AUGCCUUGCUCUUUCAACAUUAUUUAUAAUGACUCUGGCAAAGACAAAGCUCCAGUAGCUGCUCAGGUUCCAUAUCAAUGCUCGGGCCAAGCCGAAUAUUCUUCGGCAUCAAGGAUCAAUCAGCACAUUUCGUUAUUGGCCAGUCCUCGAUCUUCGCGUCGUCUUUCCGAAUCUCGGCUAUCAAACGAUGUUUGCUUUGCAUGCCACCAACUCGUUGAACGGGCUCUUGAAUCUAGCUUUCCGGCCUCCCUGCGUGCUAUCAUGUUGUCUCAGACCAAUACUGCUUCUUCUAUUUGGUGGCUGGUGUGUGUCUAA